AAAUUUGAAAGAAAUAUAAUUAUAUUUCUCUAUAUUUUAUAUACCUUUUCUCUUUUCCUUUAUAUAUUUCUCCCUAAAUUCAUGAACUAAAUAGAACCUUCACCAAUUGUAACACUAUCAUUAUCUUUGAUUGGCUGUCCUGUGUGAAACAAACUCAGCCGCCUUCAAGGUUUCAACACUUUAUAAAAAUUCCACUCCAUAUAGUCAAGCAACAAAAUUCAAGAGAGAGAGAGAGAGAGAGAGAGAAUGGAGAGAGAGUGUCAUCCUUUGUUAAGGGGAGGGAGGAGAGAAACUAAAUACAGUCCUGGGUUCUCUGCAGCAGAGAUGGAGACACUGGCUAGUGUAUGUGAGACAAUCAUACCACCCUUACCAUUGAAUUCCCUACAAGUCACUGAAAAGGAAGGCCAUACAAACAAGGCCAUUCAAUUCUUCCACAAAGCUUCUGGCUCUCAAAAUCCAGUCCCUGAAAAGGUGGCUGAGAUUGUAAUGAAAAGGGGAUUCAUAGAAGCUGUGAUCUUGCUGAGAGUGGUUUUGACUAUUCUAUCCACAAGGCUGGGGACAUUACUGCUUUGUGGGUCUCAUUGUUUUGGUGACAAAUGGCCAUUCAUCAACAAAUUCUCACAUAUCUCCGUGGAGAAGAGAGAGAAAGUCAUCCAGAAAUGGUUAAAGCAUUGGUUUUUAACACCCAUCAGACUUGCAUUUGUAUUUCUCAAGUUCUUAUGCCUCUACGUCUUCUUCUCCCAGGUUGGUGAAAAUUCAGAUAAUCCUACAUGGGAAGCCUUGGGGUAUCAAGUAGACACUACUGAGAACUUGUCCAAACACCAAAAGGAGAGACCACUUCAAAAAGGACUAGUAGAGACUAUAUACGAGAAUGAGUCAACCCUAGUCCAUUCCCUCACUCAGAAAGGCCUCAAAGUCACAGAAGACCCUAAAACUAACCUUUACAAAAUCAAAUGUGAUGUCGUAAUAGUUGGCUCCGGUUGUGGUGGAGGUGUCGCCGCUGCUGUUCUCGCAAGUUCUGGUCAGAAAGUCGUCGUUAUUGAGAAAGGGAACUACUUUCAUAGCAAAGAUUAUUCUUCAAUGGAAGGACCUUCCAUGGAUCAACUAUAUGAGAAAGGUGGGAUGCUAGCAACCCUUGAUGGGAAAAUGAUGAUCCUAGCUGGAUCGACGGUGGGUGGUGGUUCUGCUGUGAAUUGGUCAGCAUCUAUCAAAACACCCAAGUUUGUGCUAAAGGAAUGGGCAGAGACCCACAAAAUCCCACUCUUCUCAAGCCCUCAAUAUCUUUCUGCCAUGGAUGUAGUGUGUGAAAGAAUCGGUGUUAUGGAGAAAUGCAUACAGGAAGGGUUUCAGAAUCAAAUCCUCCGUAAAGGAUGUGAAAAACUUGGUCUGGAUGUCGAGGCAGUGCCACGAAACUCGACAGAGAAUCAUUACUGUGGUUCUUGCUGUUACGGAUGUAGAACAGGAAACAAACAGGGGACUGAUUCUACUUGGAUGGUUGACGCUGUGGAUCAUGGUGCAGUGAUCAUAACAGGAUGCAAAGCCGAGAGAUUCAUACUAGAAAAAAACAAGUCUAGAGGGAUAAGAGGAAAAAAAUGCUUGGGAGUGAUAGCAAACAGUCUAAAUAAAAGCAUCACAAAGAGACUGCAGAUUGAGGCCAAAGUAACAAUCUCUGCAUGUGGGUCCUUACUGACAGCCCCCCUAAUGAUCUCCAGUGGGUUAAAAAACCGCCACAUUGGCCGCAACCUUCAUCUCCACCCUGUUCUAAUGGCAUGGGGAUACUUUCCAGAGUCUAAUUCACAGCUCAAGGGGAAAAGCUUCGAGGGCGGAAUAAUCACCUCAGUACAUAAGGUGGUGUCGGAGGAGUUCAAUGUAAGAGCCAUUAUAGAAACUCCUGUAUUAGGGCCUGGACAAUUUGCUGCAUUAUGUCCUUGGGAGUCUGGAUAUGACAUAAAGAACAGGAUGCUUAAAUAUGGUAGAACUGCUCAUUUAUUUUCUAUGGUCAGAGACCAAGGCUCUGGGGAGGUUAAGCAUGAGGGAAGGAUAAGCUAUAAGUUUGAUGCAUUAGACAGGGAGAAUAUGAAGACAGGGUUGCGGCGAGCAUUGAAGAUUUUGGUAGCAGCUGGAGCGGUUGAGGUGGGCACGCAACAGAGUGAUGGGCAGAGAAUCAAAUGUAAAGGGAUUAGCAAAGAGGAUUUGGAGGAGUUUUUAGAUACAGUUUCAGCAGCUGGUGGGCCAAAAUCGAUGGUGGAAAACUGGACAACUUACUCCUCUGCCCAUCAAAUGGGGAGUUGUAGGAUGGGGAUCAAUGAAAAGGAAGGCGCGGUUGAUGAGAAUGGGGAGAGUUGGGAAGCACAAGGCCUAUUUGUAUGUGAUGCUAGUGUUCUUCCAAGUGCUGUUGGUGUCAACCCCAUGAUCACCAUCCAAUCAACUGCUUAUUGCCUCUCAAACAAGCUAGCCGAAUCUUUGGCAAAAGAAAAUGUUCUCUAAAUUAAAUAUAUUCUUCUUACUAUUUUUUUUCUCAAAGCCAAAGCCAUUUUAACUCACAUUAUUAUUGAAUCAUAAGGUUAGAAAGUGCAUGUCACAUUUUCUAUAUAUUAUUAUAUGAAUAAAAAUAAAUGAAAUAAAAAAAAAAAAGGUUGAAAAAUACUAGCAA